AUGCUCAUCUUUUGGGAAGUUAUAUCAGAUGAACAUGGUAUUGAUCCAACUGGAACCUACCACGGCGAUUCCGACCUUCAACUCGAACGCAUUAAUGUUUACUACAAUGAAGCUACAGGUGGCAAAUACGUUCCUCGGGCCAUAUUGGUUGACUUGGAACCAGGGACCAUGGACAGUGUCAGAGCUGGGCCGUUUGGCCAAAUAUUUCGCCCAGAUAAUUUCGUGUUCGGGCAGAGUGGUGCGGGGAACAAUUGGGCGAAGGGCCAUUACACUGAAGGCGCUGAGCUAGUUGAUUCCGUGCUUGACGUCGUUCGAAAAGAAGCGGAGUCAUGUGAUUGCCUUCAAGGUUUUCAGUUAACUCACUCGCUGGGUGGCGGCACUGGCUCGGGCAUGGGUACACUUCUGAUAUCCAAAGUUAGAGAAGAAUACCCCGAUCGAAUCAUGAACACGUUUUCGGUUGUACCAUCCCCAAAGGUUUCGGACACCGUUGUGGAACCCUAUAACGCGACGUUGUCAGUUCAUCAACUCGUUGAGAACACAGAUGAGACUUACUGCAUUGAUAACGAAGCCUUGUACGAUAUAUGUUUGCGUACUUUGCGACUGACAACUCCCACGUAUGGCGACCUUAAUCAUUUGGUCAGUGCAACAAUGUCUGGUGUUACCACGUGUCUUCGUUUCCCUGGUCAACUGAACGCCGACCUUCGGAAGCUGGCUGUUAAUAUGGUCCCUUUUCCGCGCCUUCACUUUUUUAUGCCAGGGUUUGCUCCCCUCACCAGCAGAGGGUGCCAGCAAUAUCGGGCACUCACAGUUCCCGAGUUAACACAGCAGAUGUUUGACGCCAAAAAUAUGAUGGCAGCUUGUGACCCUAGACACGGUAGAUAUUUGACGGUUGCAGCGAUAUUUCGUGGAAGAAUGUCCAUGAAGGAUGUUGACGAGCAGAUGCUCAAUGUUCAAAACAAGAAUUCUAGUUACUUCGUCGAGUGGAUUCCAAACAACGUCAAGACUGCAGUUUGCGAUAUUCCUCCAAGAGGUUUAAAAAUGGCCUCGACCUUUGUGGGUAACAGCACAGCUAUUCAAGAACUCUUUAAGCGAAUCAGUGAGCAGUUUACGGCCAUGUUCAGACGAAAGGCCUUUUUACAUUGGUACACUGGUGAGGGUAUGGACGAAAUGGAGUUUACUGAGGCCGAAUCAAACAUGAAUGAUCUGGUGAGCGAAUACCAACAAUAUCAAGACGCCUGCGCGGAAGAAGAGGGCGAGUUCGAGGAAGAAGAAGGCGAAGAAGGCUAA